AUGGAUGAGCCGCACCCUGGGAAAACCACCUUCGUGAUCAUGGUAUCUCCGCCUGCCAGAGGCCCCCACACUGGGACAGUGGGGAUCGAGAUCAAGUGGCUGAAGAACGGGCAGGAGCAAACAGCCGGGGUGGUGUCCACGGAGCUGCUCCAGAACGGAGACUGGACCUUCCAGAUCCUGGUGAUGCUGGAGAUGAGCCCCCGGCGCAGGGACGUCUACACCUGCCAGGUGAAGCACAUCAGCCUGCGGGACCCCCUCACCGUGCACUGGGAGGCGCAGUCUGACUCUGCCAGGAGCAAGAUGCUGACGGGAGUCGGGGCCUUUGUGCUGGGGCUGAUCUUCCUGGCGCCAGGACUCCUCACCUGCCCCAGGACUAAGAAAGGUGAUGGCUCCGGGAUGGGGCCAGUGGCCCAGGAAACAAGUCCCCAGUGAAGCC